ACUUAACUGAUUUCCUGCGAGCCCAGGAUGGAGUAGCCAUCGCCGCAUCUCCGGCGAGCUGCAGCUCCGAAGUCCGAAGGUGGGAUCGAUCCCCUCUUCCUCCUGCGGUGGUGGGGUCUCUGGCUCCUCCAGCUCCGGUCUCCUUCUCCUCCCGGUUUCUCGACACCCCACGAUUCCGACCGCGACCUAAGUGGAGUCGGAAGCCAUGGUGGCGGUGGAUCUGAUCGCGUCCUGCCUCGACUCCAUCCGCCAGAUUGGAGAUGAGAUUGCAGAUGCACUAGUGUACCUAGAUGCAGGCACACUGGAGGCAUUCCAGUUCACAGGAGCUUUCCCUCUGCUUCUUGAGCUUGGUGCCCGGGCAGUUUGCAGCUUAGAGAGCGCAUCUCCUCUUGACGCUGCUGCUGAGUGGCACUCAAGUUUUGUUCAUCCAGCUAGGAAGAUUGUCGUGAUUACAUCACGCCUUCUUAGUGAUGCGCAUCGGUAUAUUCUGCGCUGUCUGGGCAACCAUGGAAAUGUUUCACAUUGUACUGUAUUGACAUCAAUUUCCGAGAUUGGUCACUCGGCGUACCUUGAUUCCCCACUUGGACCAGAUGCUUUCCGGGAAUAUGAGAUAUUGCUCAUUCAGGACCAUGAGGAGCUUUUCAAGAAGUCUGGGAAAUUAAGCAAGGAUAAAGUUGCAAUUCCUUACACAGAGAAAGAUUUCACCUCAGAUGGUGAUAGAUAUUCUAAGUUGGGUUCUGGGGUGCAGUAUGGAUCUUCUGAAUCUAGCCCAAGGAAAAAAGAUUUGUCUGAUGAUGAGUUAGGCCAGGUAGAAGCAAGAGGAAAGAGGUUGUCUGUAACUGUGUGUCACUUUCCGAUGAUUUUCUCUCCUAUUUCCUCAAGGACUUUUGUUUUGCCUUCGGAAGGUACAGUUGUUGAAUCAUAUUUGUCAAAUCACCACGAGGAUUCCCUUAGCCCUGGUCUACCCUCCAUAUCUACUGGUAAACCUUUGGAUGGUGAUGAGGUGCCCCCAGGAGUAACCUUGACUGCUCAAUUCCUGUACCAUUUGGCCAAUAAGAUGGACCUGAAACUUGAUAUAUUUUCACUUGGUGAUACAUCAAAAAUCAUUGGGAAGCUGAUGAUGGAUAUGUCAAGUCUAUAUGACGUUGGUCGUAAUAAGAGUUCUGCUGGUCUACUGAUUGUAGAUCGUACAAUUGAUCUCCUAACUCCUUGCUUGCAUGGCGACUCAUUUCUUGAUAGGAUGCUAUCCUCGUUGCCACGGAGGGAAAGGACUUCAUCCGUGACAAAAAAUCCCCAAACUCCGAGCAAGCAGUCUCAAGCUACCGUUAAACGUUCCCCACUAGAUAUAAAGAUCUCUUUUGAAACAGCCUUUAGCAAGGAAAAAUCUAAGAGUAGGACCAAUAUGUUGUCGGAAAGUAUGAUGGCAUUUGUGUCUGGCUGGAACUCAGCUGAGGCUGACUCUGAAGUUACAUGGCUACCUGAUUACGCUGACAAAGCCCAUGAUGACAAACUAGACAUUCCAAGUGGUUCCUUCCUAUCCAACUAUGCUGGAGUGCGCUACUUACAAGCAUUACUAGACAGAGGGGCAAAAGAUGGAUUGUUGCUGAUUAAGAAAUGGCUUAUGGAGGCAUUACAGCUUGAGAAGUUGUCCUUCGCAUCAAAAGGUCGACAAACAACUUCUGUUUCCGAGCUUCGUUCUAUGGUGCAAAUGCUCUCUCAAGACCAGUUGUCCUUGGUAAGAAACAGAGGGGUUAUUCAGUUGGCACUGGCUGCUGAAAUGGCUCUCCAGGAACCUCAGAGUUCUCGCUGGGAUGCCUUUACAAGUGCUGAGAGAAUAUUAAGUGUAACAUCUGCAGAGACAACACAAAGUCUUGCCAGCGAGAUUCGUGAUUUCAUCAACACUAGCACUUCAGUGGAAUCUCAGAACCAAGGUAAUAAAAUGGGGUCUUCGCAAGGCCUUCUGAGUUUCCAGGACAUACUACUUUUAACAAUUAUUGGAUAUAUCUUGGCUGGUGAAAACUUUCCUACAUCGAUGGCUGGUGGCCCGUUCUCUUGGGAAGAUGAGCGGUCACUGAAAGAUGUUGUGGUGGACUCUAUCCUUGAGAGGCCUUCAUCUGUGAAGUUCCGGUUCCUUGACGGCUUGGAGAAGGAACUUGAAGCUAAAGCUAUAUCUAAAGAUGGUGAUAGAAAUAAGGGCUCCAGUGAGCCUGCUUCCACCACUACAGAUGAUUUUGAUGACCAAUGGGAUAAUUGGGAUGAUGAUGAUGAUACUGAUCACCAAAAGGAGGAAGUUUACGGGGACAUGCAACUUAAGUUGGAAGUACGAGAUAGGGUGGAUCAACUCUUCAAGUUCUUUCACAACUUAUCCAGUAUGAGGGUGAGGAACCAAGCUCUGGGAGAAGGUUUGGCAGCAUUGAGUAGAUUUGAGACUGAUAGCUACUCAAGAAAAGGGUUGCUUUACAAGUUGCUGUUAGCUGUCUUGUCUAGAUACGAUAUACCUGGCCUCGAGUAUCAUUCAUCAGCUGUUGGCCGUUUAUUUAAAAGUGGUUUGGGUAGGUUUGGGCUUGGACAGUCUAAACCAAGCUUUGGCGAUCAAAAUGUUCUUAUUGUUUUUGUUGUGGGAGGUAUCAAUACUCUUGAGGUCCGGGAGGUCAUGAAGGCAAUCUCGGAGAGCAGCAGGCCAGAUGUGGAGCUUAUUCUUGGUGGUACAACCCUUCUGACCCCAGAUGACAUGUUUGAGUUGAUGUUGGGCUCAUCCAGCUUUGCUUAAACUCUGACCUCAGUUCUUUUGCUUCCAAGAACCGGUUAUCGGUACAUCAGCCAUCAUGUAAAUUCAAUCUGUACAAUUUUUGUUUACUUCUGAGAUUUUUAAAUUUUGGACAUUACUGGGGCUUAGAUAACUGUCAGAGUAGUCACAAUGUUGUAACUCAUCUAGUUUCCACCCCUCAUUGCUCAGUAUAGCUUGUAUUCAAAAUCUUAUCCCUCUGGCUUCUCCCCACUUUAAGGCCAGCAACUUAAAGUGUACCUAUACACCAUGUUGUCAGCAAUACAAGUUCAGGCAAUGGCCAAAAAAGAAAUGUCAGACUAACAUACAAGGAAA